GUAAGCCACGUUGUUGGUUGUUGUGGAAAGCGGCUCAGGAUCAGAACAGAACUAAAGUCUUUCAAUCGGUGUUCUCGCCUGUUGACGUACGCUUUUUUAUUUUGUGCAGGCUGACUGCACUCUUCAUCAAAAGGGAUAGGGUUGAUCCAUUUGAAAUAUAGUUCAUUAUAAAAAAACGAAAAUGAAGAUAUUUUUGAGUGCGGUUCUAUUUUCAGUAGCUCUUUCAUACAUUUCGUGUGAAGAUAUUGCCACCGAUGAAGGAGUUCUAGUGUUGAAAAAUAAUAACUUCGAGAAAGCCAUCACAGACAACGAAUUCAUCCUAGUCGAAUUCUACGCACCUUGGUGUGGACACUGUAAAGCUCUAGCUCCAGAAUACGUGAAGGCUGCUAAGGCUUUGGCAGAUAAAGAAUCUGCCAUUAAGCUUGGCAAAGUUGACGCUACUGAGGAGUCCGAACUAGCUGAAAAAUAUGGUGUCCGUGGAUAUCCUACUAUCAAAUUCUUCAGGAAGGGAGCUGCAGUAGAUUACAAUGGUGGAAGACAGGCUGACGACAUUGUCAACUGGUUAUUGAAGAAAACUGGACCUCCAGCCAAAGACCUCAAAACAGUAGAAGAAGCCAAGGAAUUGAUUGAAAACAACAACGUUGUCAUCGUUGGUUUCUUCAAAGACGCAUCAGUCGCUAAGGCAAAGGCAUUCUUGGAUGUCGCUGCUCAAAUAGAUGACCAUCAAUUCGGUAUUACAUCUGAAAAUGCUCUUUAUGAAGAAUAUGGACUUGAUCAUGAUAGCAUCUUGUUGUUCAAGAAGUUUGAUGAAGGAAAAGUUGAGUAUGAGGGUGAGGACACCAUUGAUCAAAUCAAGAGUUUCAUCGUCUCAAACUCUCUUCCACUUGUUGUUGAGUUCAACCAUGAAACUGCACAAAAAAUAUUUGGUGGAGAAAUUAAGAGCCAUCUCAUCUUGUUCCUCAACAAAGAAGAGGAACACUUCCAGAAAGUCAGUGAUGCUGCUCGUUCAGUAGCCAAACCUUUCCGUGAGCAAAUCUUAUUCGUAACCAUUGACGCUAGCGAAGAAGAUCAUCAAAGGAUUCUGGAAUUCUUUGGAAUGAAGAAAGAGGAAGUGCCUGCAGCUCGUAUUAUCAAAUUGGAAGAAGACAUGGCCAAAUACAAGCCAGAAACCAAUGACUUGACUGCUGAAUCAAUUAAGAAGUUCGUAGGAGACUUCUUAGAUGGAAAAUUGAAGCAACACUUGCUCAGUCAGGAUAUACCAGAAGACUGGGACAAAGAACCUGUCAAGACUUUGGUUGCACACAACUUCGACAAAGUAGCAUUCGAUACAGAAAAAGAUGUUUUAGUUGAAUUCUACGCCCCAUGGUGCGGUCACUGCAAACAGUUGGUGCCAAUAUACGAUAAGGUUGGUGAACAUUUCAAAGACAACAGCGAUGUUGUUAUUGCCAAGAUGGAUGCUACUGCCAACGAAUUAGAGCACACAAAGAUCAGCAGCUUCCCCACCUUGAAACUUUAUGCUAAAGAAUCAAACAAAAUUAUUGAAUACAAUGGACCAAGAACAUUUGAAGGUCUAGUCAAGUUUGUUGAAUCGGGUGGUAAGGAUGGUGCUAGCAUAGAAGAACCUGUUGAAGAAGAGACUGAAGAUGAUGAUACACCAAGGAAGGAUGAACUUUAAAUAUGUAGUGAUAAAAAAUUUUUGUAAAAUUUACUCCAUGAGGUAUAGCUUUAUGAACUUAACUCAAGAAGUUUUAAGGUUGUUUUUAUUGAAUGUGUUUUUUAGAAACUCUUAUUUUUUAUAUUUCGUGUCGCAGUGUUUCUUCCCAAAAGAAUCUUAGAUCUAUAUACAUAUUAACAUUCCUAAUGAUACUUAUUUAUUUUUCAUAACUUUCUGAUGAAUGUUUAAAAAUGUUAAUUUUCUGGGAAUUUUCAAUGGAUUGUAAGAUCUAAGUACAAAUAAAUAUUAAAGUUAG